AUGCCCGAGCGGUUAAUGGGGACGGACUGUAAAUUCGUUGGCAAUAUGUCUACGCUGGUUCAAAUCCAGCUCGGCCCAAUAAUUAGCUCAUCCAUUAUUGAGAUGAAGGUUUUUGUCCUCCCGAAACGGCUGAUAUACAUAAUAAAAGAAUCAAUUUUUCGGUUAUAUACUGUAAUUUGUUUGCUCUAUUUUUUUGUUUUGGUAUUUCGGGAAAUUUGGAUCAGAAUUCAGAAUAAUGAUAUUAAAGUUUAA